AUGAGCCGACCUGCCCUGCGCGCCGUGGAGACGCACAGUGCAGUAUGCAGGGCAACCGCAAGCAGCAGCAGCUGUAGCGACGGCGGCAGCGGUGCCAGCGAUGACGGCGCCGCCAACCCGCCCUGGGUGUUGGCCAAUUAUUACACAAAGAAGCUGGAGAGGCGAACAGACUCGCUGGGAAACAUCAGCAGCAGCCCAGACACCAUUGCCGAGGGCCCCGGGUGGACGCGCGAGGCGCAGCUGCGGCUGGCGGCGCAGGCGCUGGCCGCCGAGCUGCAGCAGGAUGCCGCAGUGCGGCAGCUGCACGCCCUGCUGCCCGCCAUGGAGGUACAGCUGAGCCGCAUGAGGCCUGCGGAGCUGGUGCGCCUGGCGGCGCGGCUGGAGCAGAUCUCGCAGCUGCUGGUGGCCCUGCGCCUGCGCUUCCCCGCUUCCGACGUCGCGGCCAUGGCGGCGGCGCACCCGCCGCUGCUGUCCAUGACGCCGGAGCAGCUGCGGGAGGCGGUGGCGGCGGUGCAGCGGGAGUUCCCCGAUGCCAGCCAGGAGGACCUCGAGGCCAUGCUGGCAACAAACGCCACGCUGCUGGACGCCGCCAACCUGCGCGGCUGCAUGGAAGGCGUGGGCCACCUGCUGACGCGGCAGCAGCUCAUGUGUGCCCUGCAACACGACGUCGCCUUCCAGUUCCAGGUGCUGCAAGGGCAGUCUCGUGGCGAACGUGACGCCGAGUAUCUGUCCGAUAUGUACCGCCCCAUCUAG